GCUGCUCUUCGCACAAGGCCUUCCCCCCUUCUGCCAAAUGGUCGCCGUGCAUUCCGAAUCCACCGAGUCCUCUCUAACUCCUUCAUUUAAUUCAGUGGGGUUCAUGGGCGUAGCCAGGAUUUAUAUUGCGGGUGAGGCCGGGUCAAUGCUAGGGAGCCAGAACCAAGUUAGUUAAGUAUUUCUAUUUAUUUACUUGAUUUUGGGUGUGUGUGGGUGUGUGUCAGCUUGCACCCCGUGCCUCCCUUGGCUAUGCCCAUGGUGGGGUUUACCAGAUUUAGAUCCUGAUCCUGAACCUGAAUGGAUAUCUUAAAAGGUAAAGGGACCCCUGACCAUUAGGUCCAGUCGUGACCGACUCUGGGGUUGCAGCGCUCAUCUUGCUUUAUUGGCCGAGGGAGCCGGCGUACAGCUUCCGGGUCAUGUGGCCAGCAUGACUAAGCUGCUUCUGGCAAACAGAGCAGCGCAUUGAAACGCCGUUUACCUUCCCGCCGGAGCGGUACCUAUUUAUCUACUUGCACUUUGUGCUUUCGAACUGCUAGGUUGGCAGGAGCAGGGACCGAGCAACGGGAGCUCACUCCGUCGCGGGGAUUCAAACCACCGACCUUCUGAUCGGCAAGCCCUAGGCUCUGUGCUUUAACCCACAGCGCCACCCGCGUCCUUAACCUGAACAUACAUCUUACAUGUAUGUUUAUUUAAUUAAGAAAAAGUUAUUUAUGCCUGAGGUGCAGAUGUAAGACUUCUCUCUCUCUCUCUCUCUCUCUCUCUCUCUCUCUCUCUCUCUCUCUCUCUCUCUCCCUCGUUUGCUUUCCUGUUGAUUGCCAUGUUAUAUGCUGAAAAUUAACAAAAUAUUAGGUUCGGAGGAAAAGCAAAAUGGCCCCUCGCUCCCCACAACCAGAGUGCUGCAGCAACCAAUGAUAAAAAUAAAAAAUAAAGGGUAGGGAGCUUCAAAUGAUAACAUUCAUGUUACAGGAAAUUUGUGUUGUAAACAGGAAAUUCAUGUUGUAAAUAUUGCCAGGACAAAUGCCAGUGAGCAAAAGUUUGCCUUCUGUAUUUAUUUCAUGUACGUAAUGUAUAAUAAUGUCAGUUUGAUGCACCCAACCUGACGCAUUCUGGAGAUCUCAACUAACUUGAAUGCUGAAAGCUUGUGCACUCUAAGGUAGUUCAAUAAAUGUUACUUCACUAGCUUUGUUUCUCUCCGUGAUUUAAAACAACAACAACAACUUGUGAAACAGCAGGUUUAAUACCAAACAGCCAAAGGGAACUUAGCUUGGGAGCUCUAUUUAAAAUCAACAAAUCAAAUUUGACAGAAUGUGAGUACAUCAUUUGUAGCCCGGCAACAACUGUACACAAGUAGAAGGGAGGUCUGAAGAGACAAGAAUCUGAUUUCUAAUGUACUGUACAUGUAUUUCCAAUUUACUCCUGCUCCUACAAGAGCAGAUCUGUGAAAGAGCCAUUCUGAAAGGGUUAUUUAUUUUCUCACUGUGGUUUAGGAGAGGCUCGAGUGUCCGCUCAGAAAACAGUGGGAUGUCUGUUUCUUUACACAGCCGUUAAGUCUAAUUUUUUAAAGAUUUAUGAAAAGUUAGCCACUAGUGAGGAGUCUCACCAGUCUUGAAAGGAUGGAAAUACCAACUUUUUUCAAGAGCAAAAAUCCCUUCCCCCUUGAGUCUAGUCUGAAGGUCAGAGUUGACAGACAGAGCUUGCCAUCUCGCAAGGCAAUGCUAUCUGCAAUGAGGGCAAAAAUGCCUUUCAUGUACCAGAGAGAUGUUUGUCAUGCCGAAGAGCAUUAUGCAGAAUACCGGAAACGAUGCCUCCAGAAUGCAGCCAAGAAUCUAUAUUUUUCUAAAGAAGCUGUUUACCACAGAGGGGCAAUACUUCGGUCCUUUAAGGACUAUGACCCCAGAGGGUUGUAUGAUUUUUCCAGUGUCAUUCAGAGAAAAGAAAGCGAAAAUGUUGUUGUUGUUAAGAAGAAGCAAAGGCGACCAAGUAGGCUCAAACCUUUGAAGAAAUUACAGUCCCUAGUAAUGAAGCCAGACACUCCCCCUCCCAAGGAAACCACCACUGAUGUUCCUGUCUGCAUGGAAGAGCUUAUCUGGAAAGCCAAGGUGGAAAGCACACUUUCAGAGCCAAGUCUCCUGGUACCCAUUCCACCUCCUCCACCUCCUCCUUCUUGUGAUCCUCCUUACACACAGGCGUUCCUGACGGAACCUCAUGAGAUGUUAGGAGACCUGAGAAUCAAGAGGUCAAAAGCAAGACCCCAGGGCAGCACAGUCCAUGAGCCAGAUCACGGGGACCUGAAGUGGGAAGGAACAAUGUUGAUGAAGUUAAACAAGGCUACAGCUCAAUUCAUUGUGAAUAAUCAGCCCACCUGGGGAGGCUGGGUUCAGGGUAAGCCACCGGGUUUCAAGAAGCAAAAAUAUAACUGGGAAAGCAUCAGGUACGUGCUUCCUGAUGAAAGUGAUGUGGAAUUACUGAAUCAGAUUCAGGCUGAGGAUGCAGUAGUGAAAGGUCAUAUUCAAAUUGAAGAGAUGAAACCGGAGACACCUCUCUCUGCUUAUUAUUAUAGAGGGCCAUCUUUCCACAUGAGAGGGCCUGGUGUGGGAGAUUCAGUUGAUAUAAACAAAACUGCGGAGCAAAUACCAAAGAAGGAUCUUAGAUAUCUGUCACGUACUAAACUUCGAGAACGGCUGAGCGCCCGGGUUGGAAAAUACUCAUACACUACCCAGAAUGUGUUUGAACAAGAGAUCUAUUUUGGGUCAGCCAAAAUUGUCCAUCAAAAGACCAAGAAGGAUCUUAUCGUUAUGGAUAAUCAUUAUGAAUAUCAUAAACAGCUCCAGCAAUGCUACCCACGACCUCCAGAGGUCUGGAGCUUCAUGCCACCAAAAAAGACAGUUCAUAGGGUGCAGAAGGGAGCCAUCCAUUGGGCAGCGCUUCCCUCUGUCAUUGAACAUUUCACCAAAGUGAGCGACGCCAAAUCCCUUGAACCAUCUACGAGAGAGAGAAGAUAUUUGUAUGGAGAGACUGAUCUAGAUGUGUCUGAGGAAAUCUGUAUCCGUAAGACUAUGCUGGAACAGUGGAAGGCUGCUUGGAAAUACGGUCCGCGAUGGUAUUCAGCAACUAUAGAAGGAUUAAUCAGAGACUUGGCAGAUGUGCACAUUCAAAACCGGGUCAAUGCUAUACUUACCUGCGCAACUGCUGUGCUUGAGAGGCCCCACGCAGUCCACGAUGGAAGUGAUGAGUCAGUACUAGGGAUAGAAACUGGUGGCAAGAAUUUAGAAGUUGAAGAUAUACCAAAGAAAAUACAGCCUUUGCUUAGAAAUACAUUGUUUGAUAAGGAUGCUCAUGUGAGAAUGGCUGCUGCGCUGGGCUUCUACGCCAUGGGGGAGCGGAAUCCAGUGGCACGGGCCAUCAUGAAGGAUGCUCUGAUAAAUGGUAAUAGUACAGACAGUUGGACUGCAGCUCAAGCCCUGGCACUGGAAGGCAAUAUACAUUUCUAUGUAGUGAAAAGGAUCCUGACUCAAAUUUUUGAGCAGCAGGAUGAUGCCACAGAAGACCAGGCUUGUCUUUUAUUAUCUCGACUCAGCCGACAAACAGGCUUGGUUCAUUGCUUACUGGCAUCCGAAUUGAACAGCUACCAAUGGAAACAUCGGGUUUUGGCCUGUAAAACAUUUUCACGUAUUCCUGGGAGUGUCAGCCAAGACCUAAAAAACAAAAUUGUCCAGCUCAUGUGGACAGAUUGGAAGUUUGAUGUACGCCAGGCAGCUGCCAAGGCUUUGGGGCAUUUGGAGCUUGGGAAAGAAGUCCAUGAUCAACUCAGGGAGACGCUAAAAAGAGGAGAUGUCCGGAUGAGGGUGGAAGCUCUUUCAUUGAUUGGGUGGCUGAAAUUCAUGACAGCCAGGCUCCUCCCUGGCUUCCUAAAGUGUUUCACUGAUGACUUUGUAGCCGUUCGAAAAGAAGCCUGCUGGGCAGCUGGAGAACUUCAGAUUAAAGAAGAGGCGGUGCUCAGGUGCCUUUUUAAGAUAAUGCAGACUGACCCUCUCUGGAAAAUCAAGACUCUAGCUAUCAAAGCUCUGGGUCAGAUAGGAGAGGCAAGUCCUUACCUGAAAGAACUUCUCCUCUGGGCCCUUCAUUAUGAAGAAGAUCCCGGGGUGCGAAAGGAAGCCUGUCGUACUCUCAUCACCCUCAAGAUGAAGGAUGAAACAGUUCGGGCUAGUUUGCUGGAGAGAAUGGUUUUGGAGCCAAAUGAGAUGGUCAAAGAGGAAGUGAGCCGUGCCAUGAAGAUUUUCAAUUUUGAACAGGAAGAGGAACAUGAAACGAUUCAGAUGAUCAAGAAUAAGGUUGCCACAUUAAGCCAAAAAGACUUGGUAAUUGAGAAAGUACUCAAAAUUAAGGAGAUAACAAAGAACACGUGGCAGGAAGCCCACCACAUCUAUCGAGAGAAGGGAGACGUCUUUGCAUACAGUUCAAUAAGGGACAUCUUCCUUGAUGUUGUUCAAGAUAUUUUCACUGAAAGUUUUCAAUGUCCAAGAAGGAAGUUCUCAGAGGUUUGGAUUACUAUCUUAAAUAUACUACCUAUUUUGGGAAUCCCUCCAACCCCAUGGACACAAAGAGCCUUCUUAGAAGCACUGAAAAUACGCAAUGCUGAGAAGGCAGAAUGUGCCAAGAAACCAAAAGCACCCACAGAGAAGUGGAAAAAAUCCAGGGUCAAGAAAACAAAAACAAAAAAAAACUGCUCAGAGUCCAUUUACUAGUCAGACACUCAGCUGACUCUUCUACUGUGGGAAACAAGAUGCAGAGGGACAUUCCUGUACAUCUCUGUCAUUCUCAAAUGCUUUGGGACCUUCAUCUGAUUGACUAGCAGAAGUGCACUCUUGAAGAAAAUUAAUGGAUCAGAGGGAUAGCUAGACAAAGUUACAACAAAUAUAUAUUUGUUAAUGGACUUCUAUGCUUUAAGUUGUUGUAAUUUACUGGCUUUGAUUUUUUUACACCUGUGCGACAGUAUUCUUCAAUUUAAUUAAAAGUUAAAACGAA